AUGAGUUUUUUUAACGAGCCUUAUGAUGUGCAACUCGUUCUAGGACUAACUCUCGUCGGAGUCCCGAAUUCAUGGGAUGACGUCACGUUGGUUGGGUAUAUGAAGAGUUACAGUUAUGCUUUUGGGUCAAAUGAGGUCUCAAUAAUGUCGGUGUUUAUAGAAAAUACAGUCAGUUCGGAACGUAAAGCACACAUCACUUGCAAUAAUCUCUACUCAAAACAGAAAUUACUGAAGAUAAGACUAAUUCCUGUGAUUUGCGGUGAAGAGAGUAAAUAUUGUCAAAUAAUUACUGUUAGGCCUUACUGUUUUUGGAUGUCCUUUAAACCUGAUUCCUACCCAGUACCUUACAUGCUUCCAAAGUAUGGCUCCCAGGACCUCUCCUACGAAGUUGUCGAGGCGAAGAUGUUGUUACAUAAAAACAAUAUUCACCCGUCAAUUGUUACUUGUCUCAUGGAAUUCAAUUUAUUACCUAAAGGGUUUAAUUUAGAUGGAGGAUAUUGGUGUGCCUCAGAUGCCAUAGCAAUUUGGCUAAGUUUAAAGGACGAAAACGUGACAUUGUUCAACUUUUUGGAGGAGAUGUUGUCAAAGAUAAAGAUGACGGCAUCGACAUUUCAGCCAUAUUCAUACGAAUUAGAUGACGAAUCAGUUUACUCCUCAAGAUGGGACCAACUCGUAAUACAGUACAAUAAUGAUUUGUUAUGGCCUUGGGAUGAUAUUAAUCCACAGAAAAAAUUAAACAUUACGCACAAAGGAAGAAGGAGGAAUAAGAAGAUAGGUUGUAUAAGGUAUGAAAGCAGUAGGAAGAGAUGGGUGGUUGACUUAUCAUUAGAUGGUCGUAGGUUACAGAAGUGUUUCCACGAGUCAUACUAUGGACUGGUAGGUGGUUUAGCAGAGGCGUUAAAGUGGCGUUUGGAGUACCUUGUUAACAACAAUAGAGUUCCAACACCAGAGUCUGAACUUAAGAGCACCUCAGACUUGUUCGACAAAAUCUUGCAAAUCAAUGUGGAUGGCAGCCAGAAAUUGCUACUAAUUGAGGUGUUAAAGAGGCCAAUUGAGGGAUUCGAACAAUACAGACCAAACGAACAAAUCGAACAACUUAUCGCAGAAAAAAUACAACAGAUCAAUAACUCAAAUAACCUUUCAAAUUAACAUUUUAC